GAUGACAACGAGGAUGACGAGGACGCGGAGAGGACGAGGAAGAGGAAGAGGAAGAAGAAGACCCCCAACCCAAAGGCAAGGGCAAGUCCAAGUCCAAAUCAGCCGACAAGAACACCAACAAGAAGAAGACCAACGCCAAAGACAAAGACAACUCCAAAGACCUCGCCAUCAUCGAGCUCGAGAAGCAAAAGCACAAACAGAAAUGCGACAGCGGCAAGACGUGCCUCUGCACCAAGCCCGCGGCUGAGCACCCGGACGCGCCCUACGUGAUCACAAAGGCGGGCUUCCACAAGCUCAUGAACAAGCAGGUCGACUGCCAGCUCCGCGACCCGGACAGCUUCCUCAUGUACACGUCCAACGACGACAUGGUCUACGGCGUGCUGCAGGUCCUGCAGAACCUCGUGCACGACUACGAGGAGGCCAAGAGCAACUGGCGGGAGCAGUGGGUUAUCUGCGAGGCGAUUUGCCCGUUGAUUUGGUACCUUAAUGGUGAUGACUUCGCCAUGGCCGACGACAGCGAGUUCGUCGACGAAACAGUAAAACUCAUCGGCAACCUCUUCCUCGCAACCCUCGCCCCGGACUCGGAAGUGCAGGACCUUGGCUGCGUCAUGGCCGGCAUGCCCAAGACUGCCUCCGCCUUCCGCGGCUUCGACCUCUUACAAGACGAGACGGUUCACAAAAAGUCCAAGAAGCGUCCUUUAGCCUUCACAUCCGAGAAUUUUGACAGCUACGUCGCCUCGUACGCAAAGAAGCACGGCAUCACCCUCAAGGAUAUCCCCGGGCUCCAGGCCCUCGUCAAGGACGUCAAUGACGAGGACGAGCUGCCCAAUGCCGGGGACCACGGCGAGGACCCUUUGGGGUGGGCGGAUGCGCUGGUGUCGUAUAAGAAGGGGAGGAAGAUUGGCGGGGAUGAUUUGAAUAUUACGUCGUGGACGCUUGCGGAAAGGAAUCAACAUGCUUUUAGUAAGAAGGAUCUGUUGGGCAAGAAGGAGAUUGAUGCGAUCAAGAAUGGUAUGGUUAUGAUGCUGGGCUGAGAAUCGGGUCUGACGUUGGUGUUGGAUCGGGUAUUGAUCUGGGAGCUGCUUUUGUGACUGUAGUCGUGAGAGAUACCACUCUGUAUUAUUGGACUGAGACUACCGUGUUCAAGU